AAUGUUCUGGUGAGAGCCGGAUGAUUCAGUCAUUCAUCCUCUCACCCGGUUCACUUUCUGUUCACUUUCUGUUGCUGUUCACUCGCGUUCGGUCGCUCCACAGCUGAUCUCAGGUCAGUUCGCUUCAGUCCGACUGGACCUUGUGUUUAUUACAUUAUUAUUAUUAAGUGCAAUAACAUGUCGGCGACGGGCAACAUCGAUGAGGGAUUCUACUCCAGACAACUGUAUGUUCUCGGUCACGAGGCGAUGCAGAGGAUGGCCACAGCCAGCGUCCUGAUCGCAGGUCAGCGCGGUCUCGGGGUCGAGAUAGCCAAGAAUGUGAUUCUGUCCGGAGUGAAGUCUGUCACUGUCCAGGACGAAGGCCUCACAGAGUGGACUGACCUGUCCUCCCAGUUUUUCCUAAAGGAGUCCGACCUCAGUCAGAACCGAGCCACGUGUUCCCUGAAACAGCUGUCAGCCUUAAACCCACAUGUGCAAGUGUCAGCGCACACUGGACCGGUGGACGAGCACCUGCUUCUGCAACAUCAGGUGGUGGUCCUCACCGACUCGUCACUGGACGAUCAGAAACGCUUUGGCGAAUUCUGCCAUUCACAUUGUAUAAAGUUAAUCGUGGCAGACACCAAAGGACUCUGCGGUCAGCUGUUCUGUGACUUUGGGGAAGAGUUUGAGGUGUUGGACGAGAACGGAGAGAUACCAACGUCAGCAAUGGUGCAGAGUAUCACGAAGGGAAAUCCUGGCGUGGUGUUCUGCACAGAUGAGCACCACGGAUUCAUAGACGGCACCAAAGUUUCUUUCUUUGAGGUGCAAGGGAUGACGGAGCUCAACGGCAUCGGCCCGAUAGAAAUCACAGUGCGUAACCCUUACUCCUUCAGCAUCGGUGACACGUCCGCCUUUUCUGAGUAUGAAAGUGGUGGAAUAGUCACUGAGGUCAAAGAGUCCUGCAUACUGCAUUUUAAACCACUAAGUGAGGCGCUGUCGGAUUACGAACUCCUGAACAUGAACGACUUCGUCAAGACGACGAGGCACAAGACGCUGCACUUGGCUUUCCAAGCUCUGCAUGGCUUCGUGAAGAAAGAACAGCGUCUCCCUCGUGUUCGGUCUCAGUCAGACGCGGAUGUCCUGCUUGAUAUGGUGAGAGAGAUGAACGCGGUUACGCGGUUGGAGAAGCUGGAUGAAGUCGCCGUGAGAAACCUCUCCUACACUGCACGCGGCGACUUAGCUCCAAUCAACGCUUUCAUCGGAGGCCUCGCGGCGCAGGAAGUUAUCAAGGCGUGUUCCGGAAAGUUUACACCUCUUCGGCAGUGGCUGUAUUUCGACGCACUGGAGUGUCUGUCUGAGGGGGAGAGUGAAGUGGCAGAAACCUCCUUUUCAGCAAAAUGCACAAGGUACGAUGGACAGGUCGCCGUGUUUGGCUCUGCCUUCCAGGAGAAGCUGAAGAAACAGAAGUACUUCCUGGUCGGAGCCGGCGCCAUCGGCUGUGAGCUUCUUAAGAACUUUGCCCUCAUGGGGCUCGGUGCAGGAGGAGAAGGGCAAAUCACCGUCACUGACAUGGACUUCAUAGAGCGGUCCAACUUGAAUCGACAGUUCCUGUUCAGGUCUCAGGACAUCGGGAAACCAAAGUCGGAGGUUGCGGCCAAAGCGGUGCGAGACAUGAACCCACGGAUGAAUAUCACUGCUCAUCAGAAUCGUCUGGACCCCGACAGUGAAGGCGUGUAUGGGUACGACUUCUUCAAGGGCCUCGAUGGAGUGGCUGCGGCGCUGGACAACGUGGAAGCCAGGGUCUAUCUGGACGGACGCUGCGUUCAACACCAGAAGCCGAUGCUGGAGGGAGGAACUCUUGGUAGCAAAGGUCACACUCUGGUGGUGGUCCCUCACCUGACGGAGUCGUAUGGACCUGACAAUUCAAGUUCAAAAGAUGAGAUCCCACUGUGCACACUCAAGAACUUCCCUCACCGCAUCGAGCACACGCUCCAGUGGGCCAGAGACCAGUUUGAAGGACUGUUUAAAAAAACGCCCGAAAAUGUGAAUCUCUUCCUGAGGGACGAAGGCUUUGUCAAGCGAACUCUUGACCACAAUGAUGCAGAGGCAUCAGAGGUUCUUGGGGACGUGUGGAGCAGCCUGCGGGAUGAAAGUGGAGGACAACGUCCAACACACUGGGAGGACUGUGUGAGCUGGGCUCGCUGCAAAUGGGAGACUCACUAUAACAAUGAGAUUCGCCAGCUCCUGCACUGCUUUCCUGCCAACGAGGUGACCUCAUCUGGUCUGCCCUUUUGGUCUGGAUCGAAGAGAUGCCCUCAUCCUCUGAUCUUCAACCCUGACAAUACUACCCAUAUGGAGUAUGUGGUGGCAGCGGCUAAUCUGUACGGACACAUCUAUGGGAUCGAAGGGACAAGAGACGGUGCCUCGAUCGCACGGAUCCUAGACAAAGUCCAGGUACCGUCUUUUACUCCCAGCUCCUCUGUGACGAUUCAUGCGAAUGACACGGAGCUGGAGGAGAGCAGGGAACGGGGACGUGAUGACGCAGAGGACGCUCGACUUGAGGAGCUGAAAGGAAAGUUGGCGUCUCUGAAGAGCUCAGACAUGCGGAUGUACCCCAUCGACUUUGAGAAGGACGAUGACAGUAACUUCCACAUGGACUUCAUUGUUGCCGCUUCGAACCUGAGGGCCGAGAACUACGACAUCGCCGCAGCAGAUCGCCACCAGAGUAAACGCAUCGCUGGACGCAUCAUCCCUGCAAUUGCCACCACGACCGCAGCAGUGGCAGGUCUGAUGUGCCUGGAGUUGUACAAACUGGUGCAGGGUCUCCAGAACAUCAGGUCGUACCGCACGACUUACAUCAACCUGGCCGUUCAAUACUUUGUUAUGACCCAGCCGAACAAGCCCCGGCAAUUCCAAGUUGCAGGACAGAAUUACACACUGUGGGAUGACUUCCUUGUUGAGGGCAGACGCGGCAAUCAGCAGGAAAUGACCUUGGGAGAGCUGAUCCAGUAUAUCAAGGAAAAAUACAACUUGAGCAUCUGCAGUCUCUUCUAUGGAGCCGCUGCCAUAUACAGCGGACAAGUGGAGCGGCUUCAGCUGAGUGUGUCUGAUGUGGUGAGAAAGGUCUCUAAAGCUGACAUCCCUCCGCACAAGAAGAUGCUGGAGUUGACCCCCAUGUUUGAGGAAGAAGAAGACGACUGUGACUCGGUCGUCUUCAUCAGGUACCUGCUCCUGUGACAUCAUCGACAGGACGUCAUAAAACAUGAUCGACCUCUGACAUCAAAAAAUGCAAAAACUUUUGUCUUUGUUGCUUCUGUUAACCCCCCGC